GCGCUGCGAGGCGGUGGCUGCGGCGGUGGCGGCGGCUGCGGGGAGCGCGGCGCGGCGCGGCGGGGCGGGCGGCCCAUGGGGCCGGGCCGCGCUGCGGGGAUGGAGCCGCUGCGCAACGGCGGCGGCGCGGAGGAGCAGGAGGAGAAGAAGGAGAAGCCUCGGCGGAGGCCGGGGGCAGAGGGGGCCGGACCCCCGCGGCGGCGCAGCAGCGGCGCCACGGCGGGCGUUGACAGCACGGCGGGGCCGCAGCCCCGCGAACGGGGCGGCUCCGUCAGCCGCCAGCGGCGGGACUCGGUCCGCAAGAACCGCCCGCUCUUUCCUUGGUUUGGCUUGGAUAUUGGAGGGACCUUGGUGAAACUUGUUUAUUUUGAACCAAAGGACAUCACUGCUGAAGAAGAGGAGGAAGAAGUGGAAAACCUCAAAAGCAUCCGCAAAUACCUGACAUCAAAUGUAGCCUAUGGAUCUACAGGCAUUCGGGAUGUGCACCUUGAGCUAAAGGACCUUACCCUGUGUGGACGUAAAGGCAAUCUGCACUUUAUACGCUUUCCUACUCAUGACAUGCCUGCUUUUAUUCAAAUGGGAAGCGAAAAACACUUCUCAAGCCUCCAUACUACCUUAUGUGCCACGGGAGGUGGAGCGUACAAAUUUGAGCAGGACUUUCUCACAAUGGGUGACCUCCAGCUUUGUAAGCUAGAUGAACUCGAUUGCCUUAUUAAAGGAGUUUUGUACAUUGAUUCAGUUGGAUUCAAUGGACAUUCAGAGUGCUACUAUUUUGAAAACCCGACGGAUGCUGAAAGAUGUCAGAAGCUCCCAUUCAACUUGGAGAAUCCGUAUCCUCUCCUUUUGGUGAACAUUGGCUCAGGGGUCAGCAUUUUGGCUGUAUAUUCGAAAGAAAACUAUAAACGGGUAACGGGCACCAGCCUUGGAGGUGGAACCUUUUUUGGUCUCUGCUGCCUUCUUACCGGUUGCUCCACCUUUGAAGAGGCCCUUGAGAUGGCCUCCCGUGGAGACAGUACCAAAGUGGACAAACUAGUGCGGGACAUUUACGGAGGAGACUAUGAGCGAUUUGGAUUGCCAGGCUGGGCUGUAGCGUCCAGCUUUGGAAACAUGAUGAGCAAGGAGAAGCGGGAAUCUGUCAGCAAAGAGGACCUCGCAAAGGCUACGUUAAUAACCAUCACUAAUAACAUUGGCUCCAUAGCACGGAUGUGUGCACUUAAUGAGAACAUUAAUCGAGUGGUGUUUGUUGGCAAUUUCCUUCGGAUCAAUACAAUCUCGAUGAGGCUUCUGGCAUACGCUUUGGACUACUGGUCAAAGGGACAGUUAAAAGCACUUUUCUUGGAACAUGAGGGUUAUUUCGGUGCAGUCGGCGCUCUUCUGGAACUCCUGGAUUCAGCCUGACUCCGUGCAGAUCCUGUAUGUUGGACCUACGAAGUCAGGGUGCUUCCUGGGUCACCCUUUCGCUUCAAAGCAUCUGUUCCGUGACUGUUAAAAUAAUUGUGCGUGAGCUGAUGAGACAAGAAAAGGACUGUUGCGUUUCUGUCUGUAAACAGUUGAAACCAGUCUUCAGUUAGAACACAGGUUCGUUCAGAAGUAUAUAUGCAAACACGCUGACCGAAGGUGGCGGUUGUAUGUGGAACAUCUGUUGGGCAUUAGUUGCUGACAUCAAAUAGCCCUUUUUAUGUAGUCUUCUACAUAUGUUUAAUGGUGGUGACAUAAUAGAAGACUUGCACUCUUAUUCCCUCCCUCGAGAUUCCUUUGAGUGCUGGAAUGUCCACCCACUUCACAGUUCAUAGGGUUCAGCUGCAGCGUUUUACGUUCCGCAAAAAGAAGGGCAUUGCGUUGGCAUUAAUUGUCUGUAAAGGGGAGAGAGCAUCAGCACAGCCCCGGAGUGUGGAAAUCGUAUGGACCAGUUCUGCCUCCUCUGACCCGCGCAGUGGCCUCUCGAACACCGUUGUGCUAUCAGUGAGGCUUUAUUCCUGUUACCGCAGUCUCUUAUCUAUGUACGCAGAUUUAUUAGAGACGAAAGGUAAGGCACAAAUCCUGUGUCUCGGGUAGCCCAGAUCUGCUCAGGUUGUUCCUGAUUUCAGCCGGUAACGCUUCUAUGCAGACCACAGUAACCUUCUGGUGUGCGCCAUAGGGCUGGCACAGCGUCAGGAGUGGCUGUCAGCCCCUGACCUUGACAUCUGCUAAAAGCAAAUUUGAAGAUGAACAUAGUGGGGUUUUUGUUUGGGGUUUCUUUUCUCUGUUGUAAUACUUGGCUGCGUAUAACAAUACCAAAGAGAUUUCUUUUACUUUCAGUCAUACACUUGGGUUCUUCUCUGCAAUGUUCCGUUUUAUGUUUAUUAAUUGCUAAACUAGUAGUUUCCGGGGGAAAUCUCUCCUUCCCGUAUGCGUGCUGUAGUCUUCUGUUUUCUCUGUGCGUGGGGUCUUGCGUGCAGCCUGCAGACGGGCUUGCUGCAGUUUGGAACCCCUAAAGAUCUCAGGCUGGGGGUUUAGAAAUGGCGCAUUGCACACUGAAUAAAUGCUCUCUCAAAACAGCGGAGAUGCCGGUAGUGGGCAGCAGUUUAAAAAAGAGAAGCAGGAGGCAUAGGGUUUGUGCUCUGACCUUCCUUCCUGGUAUCUCCGCUUUGCCCUGCGCUUGGCAGAAGUCCUUCCCAGGCUCGGAUCUUGCGUUUCGAAGUGAACAAGAUCUUUAGCAAGACGGGCGUUUGUGUUCUCUUUGCCGCGCUGCCGGCAUCAAGUUAUUUUGGUACAACUGCGCUCCAGCCGGGGAGCGUGGAAAAAGCUGCUUUUCUGAGGAGCCAUCUGCACCUUCCCGUGAUGAUGUCAGCUGAACAGAGACGCCGCUUCCAAGCGCGCUCCGCAAUGCGGUGCUCCGCCUUUCCAGCUGGGCAGCUCGGCUCCGUGUAGAAGCCGUCCCUUUGGGAGCGGGGCAACGCGGUCUGCCGUGGAACCCGAGUGCCGAUGGCGUCAGUUCGUACUUGUUGGGGUUUAUCUCAGGACAUCGGAGCGACCGUCAUCCUGACUCCAACACCUCUUUUAAAGUCGUGGGUUCUUCUCGGAUAAGUUGAUUUUCGUGCUCGUUUUGGUAGCUGCUGGCAGCGCUGGACGGCCCAUGCCGGUUUGGCGGCUUGCGGUUUAGGUGCAGGAACGCGCAGUAAAAUCGUGCCCGGCUCUACCCGUUGCUGCAGCCCGAAAUCCGAGUACUCGCAAGGUGCUCCGCAGCUCGCUGGGUUCAUUGCAUGGUACCCGCCUCUCCUUUGGGCCAGAAACAGGAAGAAACUACAAAUUUGGAAGACCUACUCUUUGCUAGAUCAGAUCCUGUGUGAUAUUUCUCUUGAAGCCUGCCCGGUCAGCUCUGCCGGGUAAGUGUUCCAGACAGCAGACACGGCGUAAAACAAGGCGUUUUCUAAACUUCAGUUCAUUGUGGGCAUGGAACUUCCUGAAUGCGGCCAGUAAUUUGGCAACCACAAAAAAACGCGAGGUAGGGAGAGAGUAGUGUGCAUGUGAAAGGUCCUCUUUGCUACGUGCCGUCUGCGGAAGAAAAUUUUUUGUGCUUUUCCUGCAGUAUAGUGCAGGGUUCGUAUCCCGCUCUGCUUUCAACGUAACGUGUUAUGGGGGUCAAGCAGGAUAAUACAGAGUCAUAGCGUGGUUUGAGUCGGAAAGAACCUUCAAAGAUCAUCUAGUCCAACCCCCUGCCAGGGACAGGGACAUCUUCCACUAGUCCAGGUUGCUCAGAGCCCCGUCCAACCUGACCUGGAAUGUUUCCAGGGAUGUGGGGCAUCUACCACCUCCCUGGGCAACCUCUUUGGGAUCUAUUGCAUCUGAGACCUCAUUUAUUCUUCAUUUCUUGUGAAAUUGCGUGAAAGAUACCCCAAGUAGGUGUAUUAAACAACUCCACUUCUGAAUUGCUGAUUGCAGGUUUUCUAGAAUUAACUUUAUCUCUACCACAUAAAAGGUAACUUACCUUUUUUACCUUACCUAUAAAGGGUAACUGCCCCUUCAGCCGGGUCACCCACCCUCACGGUCGAAACUCGGGCCGUGGUUCGACCCAUGGAAAAGAAACAGAAACGCACUUUGGCUCUUUAAAAUCUCCUUGUGCCCAGGACCUGCGUCGCUCCUUGGUGUAAUACCUCAGUGGUGGCGCUGGGCCCGUGCGGGCUUAGCAGCUUUAAUUAGUCCCGGGGCUUUGAUACAUGCCCUCCGCACACUGAUGUGGUUUGUAUAAACCUCCUCCGCAUCCUCCUGCGCAGAAGAGGGGCUGAUUUUUUUUUUUUUAAAUAGCAAUAGCCUUGGAGCUGAAAACUGAGGGGAAGAAGCAGCUACCCUGAAAUGAUGUUGUUAAGGGAGAGGGAAGGUGUGGAGAGCUGAGAAGCCCCUGCAGCAGCCCUUGCUCUGCAAGAAGUCCCUGCCCUGAGGCUGGAGUCUCUGGGAGCAGCGUCCCGCGCUAUUCCCCGUGUUCGCUCUGCGCGCUUGUGUGUGUGUGUGUGUGCGCGUCACUCCUCUUUCUGUGGAUUUCGAGUAGAUGCUGUGUGGUCUGAUGGCCGACACCAAAGUCCCUGAUGUGUCGUGUGUAUUUUUUUGUAAAUUGUUGUUUGUUUUUUGUGUUUUUUUUUCUUCUUGUAAUAAAGUAUUACAGUUAUUUUUAUAUACUUGAAACUCUUACCUUUGCUUCUUGUCUCACUCUUCCUAGCUACAGAGCAAGGGAUGAAUGUUGAUCUGAACAGGCAUCAAGAACAUGCCAGUGAAAUGGGUGUAAAUGAGUCCUUCACCUUUCAGUUGAUUUUAGAAGCUUAUUAACAAUAACUGUCAGCAAUCCUUAAUUACUUUUCACUCCCUGUGCGUGUUCUGCUCUCUGGAAAUGGCAUUGCACAGCACAUUAAUGGAUGGGGAAAAAAUAAAUCAGUAUUUGGCUGUUG